GCUCUUCGUCGUUCUAUCCGCUAUUCUGUCAUUUUCACUUUUCUUUCGUUUGUUUAAUCUGCUUUUCAAAGGCCAUAUCAAGUUCUGGAGCACAAAAUGUCUUCAAGGGGCUUCGACCGCGAUGCGCGAUACUCUCGUGAUGAGCCAAGCGGAGGAAGAGCUAGGAGCCAAAGUCCGACAAGGGACAGAAUGAGAGACGAUAGAGGUGGAGGAUACAAAAAAGACUAUAGAGAUAGAGAUUACAAGGAGAGAGACAGGGACCUCCCGUACAGUAGCCGCGAGCGCGAGCGCGGCACAGACGAUAGGCGGAGAGAGAGGGAUUAUGAAGGGCACAGCUCCAGAUAUGACAAACCGAGGGAAAAAGCCUACGAUCGUGAUCGUGAAAAAGAGAAGGAACGGGAUAAUCCCAACAGUGACCCCAACUACCGACCUCGGCGCGAAGAUGGUUUCGAACGUUCGAGAGGCCAGAGUGCUUACCCUCCUCGAGGUGGACGAGGUGGAGCGUAUUCACGCGGGGGCGGCAGAGAUUAUGCUGAACGCAGCCCUGCUUACGGAUGGCCUGGGGGAGACAAAGGUGGGCGAGAGAGAGAUUACCAGUCCAUGGACAGGCGAACGAUUGAAGAAGGUCGACGACGACGUGAAGAAGAAAGAGCGAUGGGUGUGGUGUACAAUGAAGAUGGGAGAGUGUACGAUCCUCGAGAGGAAGAACGGGAGAGGGAACAACACAGCGAGGAACCUGAUGCCGACGAUCCGGAGGCGCAGAUGGCAGCAAUGAUGGGCUUUGGCGGAUUCAACAGUACUAAAAAGAAGGGCAUUGGACAAAAUGUCGAGGGCGAUGCCAGUGUCCACAAGCAAAGAACUUGGAGACAAUACAUGAACAGGCGUGGUGGGUUCAACAGGCCUUUGGACAAGGUCAAGGAUUAGAUUGUUUUUAUGUGCCGCUGUACGCUUGUCAAAUCACAUUGUCAUGAACGUUAGUACAUGGAAGCCUCGUGAAGUGAAAGACAUGCAUGUCGGCAAAGCCACUAAUAAUACAAUUUUUAAUCACGGUAACCU